GAGUUCAAACACAACCAAAGCAAAGGUUAAAUUAUAAGAGAAAAUGGGGAAGGAGGAACUUUACAUAACCGUACCCAGUAUUUUCCGGUGUCCGAUUUCACUGGACCUGAUGAAAUCUCCUGUCAGCCUCUGUACCGGCGUUACCUACGACCGUUCCAGCAUCCAGCAAUGGCUCGAAUCCGGUCACGACACGUGCCCCGCCACCAUGCAAGUUCUUCCCUCCAAGGAUUUCAUCCCUAACCUUACGCUCCACCGUCUGAUCAAUCUCUGGAUCCAAUCUUCUACUCUCCGGCCGGCCUCUAACUCUCCCAGGCUACUUCCGGCGACCUCUGAUGUUCAGGCUAAGCUGUUGAUGGAGAAGAUUGAGAGGCAGUGUUGCGCCGAUUCUUUGUCUAGGGUUUCCGAAUUCGUGAGCCGAUGUGAAGAGAACCGGAGAUUUGUUGUAAGAUCCGACUGUUUCGUUGAGGUGAUCGCGGGAGUUUUGACGAGGAAAUGUGUGGAAAUCGAAGCUUUGGAAACGGCGCUUGGGAUUUUGGAUUUGAUCUUGAGCGAAAACGGAGUUAAAGAUCGGUUAAACAAAUUGAUUUUGAAAAGCAAUCGGGAGAGUCAUUUCCUAUCGGCGAUCGUCUUCAUUCUCCAAAACGGAAGCCUCGACUCGAAGGUCAAAUCAGUCCGAGUGCUAGACUCACUGGCACUCGACUCAGAAUCCAAACGCAGAAUCUCCGACUCACAAGACCUUAUAUCCAUCCUUCUCCACCUCCUCCAAACCAACAAGAGCCAAUCACUUAACGACGCCGUGGCCUCCAUUCUAACCACCAUUUCAAUAACCAGUUCCAUAACGUCCCGCCUGAUCGAAAACGGCGUCUUCGAGAUCUUAUCGAGCUCGAUAACCGAAAAGUCAUUGAAGUUGUUGGCAACACUCAGCAGUUGCAGUGAAGGCAGGUCAGCGAUCAGCUCUAACCCGAAAUGCGUGGCGGCGGUCGUCGAGAAUCUGUUGAAGGUGUCGAAGACGGCGACGGAGGACGCGGUGGUGGUGUUGUGGAGCGUGUGCUGCUUGAAGGAAGAGGAGAGAGUGAGGGAAGCGGUGGUGAAAGAGAAUGGGGUGACGAAGAUUCUGGUGAUAAUGCAAAGAGAAGGGGAAGGGACGGUUAAGAUGAUGUGCAGGGACUUGGUGAAGGCUCUAAGAGCUGUGUGUAAAGAUUGGUGCCUGGGCAGUUAUGAAACCAAAACUACCCAUAUUAGGCCUUGUUGACAAUUUUAUUCUUUUUUUGGACAUAAAAUUCAUUCACAAAGAGAAACAAGAUUGAAAGAAUUUUCGCGUUAUGUUUGU